UUAAACCGUCAACCAAGGUUUAGGGUUGGCAGAUAUGGUGGUGGGCACCUGAAAUAUUAUCGUCAUUUUUUUUUUGUUUUCACAUAAACAGUAAAAACCAAAAAUCCCGAAAGCAACGGAUGUCCAUUGAAAGUAAGGGAUGUAACUUGGUUAAGAGAGACAACCUCAGCCCUCAUCUCAUUCCCUAUGACAGAAUCAGGGAAAACGUAGACAGGUAGAAGACAGAAAGGGAGGCUAGAUAGAGGUGGUGGCCGGAGACAGAGAGGGAAAGCUGCCCGAAGGGGCGGCAAAAUAGAUAUACCCCAGGAGGUUGCAUCAAUUCUCCUCUCUCAUCUCUGCACCACCACCACCAUCCCCACCUCCCUAGAUUGCACUCUCUUAUCUCGGCACGUAGGUACGUCGCAUACACUGGAAGCAUAAGAUGAACUUCGAUCGAAGCAUGGAAAUGGUGACCGCCACACCAGAGAAACUAAAGUGCGAAGGAGCCCAGAUAUCUUACUUCCUCAUUUUGGCGUCGGUGCUUGUCUGCAUUCUUCUUCUUUCCCAUGUCUUUCAUCUCUUCCUCAAACCCCUUGGCCAGCCUGAACCCAUCGCUCAAAUACUUGCCGGGUUGGUGCUGGGCUGGUCAGGAUUGAACCGGGUCCCAUUUAUUGGAUCCUUGUUCCCGUUGCUGGCGGAUGUUCAAUACAGGCAUUUAUCAAUCUUGAGUCGUACAAUCUUCAUGUUCCUCAUCGGCCUUGAGAUGGACGUUCCCUACACAUUGCGUUCUCUUAGGAUCUCAUCCACCGUCGCAAGUGGUGGCGCUUUACUCUGCAGCAUAUUGGCUGUCCCCAUCUGCCAACUCAUAUACCCUUACAUCCAAGCCGAUCACAACCCAGGUAGCAGGUCCAACUUCACCCUCACCCUCAUGCUUAUCGCUGCCAGUGCCUCCUCCCCACUCAUCAUCAGGAUUGCCGACGAUAUGAAGCUUUCCACUUCCGACGUCGGCCGGCUCGCUAUCACUGCAUCGCUGCUGAACGACAUUUCUUGCUUGUUCUGGGCAGGAUUCAGGAUUACGCUCUGGAGAACAGGAAUCAUGGGGCCUUGGAAGGCCUCCGUGGGUGCUACGUUUUGCUUUAUCCUUCUCGUGGUGGCUAUCUUUCUGAACAAAGGCCUUGUAAGGUGGUUGAAUGGGAGGAACCUGCACCGGCAGUACCUUAAGAAUAUGGAGGUAGCCUACAUCUUAGUGGUCCUCAUAGGCUUGGCCGUGCUGUUGGAAUGGAUGGAUUACGUCGGUGAUGCGGCUUGCUUCUUCCUUGGGUUGAUGUUCCCUAGGGAAGGGAAAUCCGCUAGGACUCUGAGUCAUAAAUUGGCUUAUCCCGUCUACAACAUUAUAUUCCCUUUGUAUUUCGCGUACAUGGGAUUUCAGGCCGAUGUGACUCGGUUAAAAAACUUGCCCGAUUUCAUCAUGGUCAUCGUCCUCCUCUCCUUGAACAUCGUCGGCAAGAUGGGUGGUACCCUUGGAGCUUGCUAUUUUCUCAAGAUCCCAUUAAAUGAGGGGCUUUUGCUUGCCCUAUUGCUCAGCUUUAAUGGAAAUCUAGAGCUUUUGGUCCUCAACUCAAAAUUCAAUAAGAAAACAUGGAACGCAGCGUUUACGAAUGGGCUAAAUGUGACGAUGGUGGUCAACACGCUAUUAGUGAGUCCCGCUGUGACUUUCUUUGUGAGAAGAGCAAGAAGAGCGACCACAUUCAAGCAUGUAGGGUUGGAUUGGCAGAAACCAGACAGUGAGCUCCGAAUCCUGGCCUGCGUGCAUGGUCCUCGUCAUGGAUUCAAUAUGACUGGGAUUAUCGAUGCAUUAACUGGGCCCAACAAUGCUAUCACCCCUUACGUGAUGCACCUGGUUGAGCUCACCGGAAGGAACAAAGGGUACGUGUUGUAUUACACUCGAGAUGAGAAUGACGUCAGCAACGACGACAACCAUUACGGUGGGAACGAAGCGGUGGAGAUCAGCCAAAACAUCGAUACCUUCACCGCCGAGACAGGCAUCACAGUCCACUUGAUCACAGCGGUGUCGCCUUACGAUACAAUGCAUGAGGAUGUGUGUUCUGGUGCGGAGUAUUUACGCGCUUCCAUCAUAUUUCUCCCCUUUCAUAAAACACAACGGUUGAUGGACGGGAAGAUGGAAAUCGACAAGGAAGGGAUCAGGACCACCAACCAGAGGGUGCUCAGUCACGCCCCUUGCUCCGUAGGGAUCCUUGUGGACAAGGGUCUCUACGUGGAAGAUGUUGGGUUCAACCUGGACGAUGCCAAGAGGCAACAAAUUGCGAUGUUAUUCUUCGGUGGGCCCGACGAUCGCGAGGCCUUGACCUACGGCAGCCGAUUCGCUACGCAUCCUAAGGUACACCUAACCGUCUUCAGAUUUCUUCCCACCGACAAGAACUACCAAGUAGAGACGCAGAGCAAGUUCUCAUCCAGAUCCAACAACGAUAACGAAGGGGAAGUUGUAAUGUCGAUCCCGAUCCAAGAGAUGGAGAAUGACGCAGACCAGGUCUUCCUCUCUUCUUUCUGCAGAAGGUACGUGACGACGGGGGAAGUGGAAUAUGUAGAGGAGUACGUGGGAAACAUGCAAGAGACGGUAGCGGCUCUAAGAACCAUAUCGGAUAUGUUCUCUCUUUUCAUUGUAGGAAAGGGAAGGAGUGGGGUUUGUCCAUUUACUACAGGAAUGAGAGACUUGAAAGAGUGCCCGGAGCUUGGGGAGGUUGGGGAUCUAUUGGCUUCUUCGGAUUUUUCAGUUACGGGCUCUGUUUUGAUCAUCCAACAGCACAGAGAGCCUAGGAAAGAUGCAGAGUUCAGCAUAGGCUAAGCAAGCUAGGUGGAAGCUAGCUUCAUCAUUAUGGGUAAGGCCCUUCUGCACCAAACAUCAUCCGAGGAUGAUGAUUUCAUUGGAGUGUCAACAUUGCAGGAGAAGCCUAUAAAAUCUCUGUGAGGUCAUGGGGUACCUCUUAUUUUAUCAUAAGUCGGAAUUUCUGUGUCUCAGACUGACCCCUAGGAAGUAAGAACGGGCUCUCACUUUCUGGCACUGCCAAGUUGAACUGUAAACAAGAAAAGAGAAAAUUUUGGAAUGUUGCAGGGAAGAGGGUCCACGCUUCACUCGAGGCUGGAUCCUCUUCUUCUUCUGGACCAUGACCUUCUGCAACAAUUUAAUUUUACAAUUUAAUUUUAUUGAAGAGAUCCACAAACAAUGAAUAGUAUGAGAUUAUUACAAGAGAUCAUGGUCUAAGAGAGGAUCGGACAGCCAGACCUUCACUAUGCAUCAACACUCAAAAGACCCAAACCUUUCAACUGAUAUCCUGUGUGGGUAGCUGAUCAAGCUGAUACUCAUUUGGUGUAUGAUUUUUACAAAUGGCGACUCAUCACUCAUGGCAUGAUGGAAUUUCGAAGGCCCAUAUAUAUGUCCAACAGUCCAAGACUCGGAUCUCGAUCAUGUGGUGGAACAACACUCUUAAUUUUGGUAGAGACUAUGUAACUAACUAAGGACAAGUGUUUGGGAAUGCAUGAAUAGAAAAGAAAGGAAAAUUAUAUAGAUAAUUUUUUUUUCUUCUUUUCUUAUAUAUCAAACUUAGCCUAAGAUAGUGUAUC